AAAAAAACACGAGGGGGCGAACAUCUUUGAUGAGUGCGUUGACAAGAGUUUUGCCGUAGCGAUUGGGGAUUGUGUGGCUGGAUGUGCUGUGCUGUCGUGUCGUGUACGGUGAGACAACGGUGCAAACAAAAAAAAAAAGAAAUUGUUGAACGACCAGUAGAAAACCGCCCUUUUUGACGGUUUGGGAAUUGAUCGUCGUUUCUUCUUCGUCAUCCCUUUGCCAGCUCAACACUUAGACACGCAACAUUGACAAGCAAGACGCCGGGUUGACAGUCGUCGACGACACUCUCUCUGGGUAUCUGUGUUCAUGUGUGUGUAUUCUCUGCGUGUGUGUGUGUGAGUGUGUAUGUGUGAUUGUGCGUCUGUGUGUGUGUGUGUUUCUGUAGCGCGUGUGGGCUUUGGCAAGCCGUGAUUAGUUCCUGGUCAUCGCGCGCCUUCCUCAACCAAGAUCUCGCUUUUUUCCGAAAUCACGUUCCUGCCCGACUUCCAACACCUUGGCCCGCGUCUGACAUAGAACCUUUAAAGGGAUUACUACUCGUCCCGGUCAAGGAACACUUUGACAAAGGUAAUGCUGUGCCAAGGAAGUAGCAGUCGUCAGAAUCCUGCUCCGGGAUUAUGGCGCCGGUAGAAGACGUAGUAUCAGUAUGGCUUGGGUCCGAAGGCGCAUGGCUUUCGGCUUCACCCGAUGUUGCCACGAUUUCAUGCCCGCGUACUGUUCUUGCCGACAAUUCAGUGAAAAAAUCAAGGAACCAUCGGAUGCUGGUGAAGCCCAAGAUGGCAGGUCAAUUUUCCUCUCUUCCGAUGCUUUCAGCAGCUACCAGUGCAAAAUUAAGUCUGGCAGGCUGCGGCGGCAUCGAUUUGUCUCGUCUCUUCUACCACGAACCACCAACGAUGGCUGCCGGCAGUCGCUAGAGCAGCUUGUACUACGACCUACGAUCUCUCAACGCUCCCACCUUAUGCCCAUCAUCUCGUCCCACCACACUGUUGUCUUCAUCAUCGUCACUCUUCUCCACUCGCUAUUCACCUCAGGAUUAAGCAAUCCACAGGACGCUGAACAUCUGACGGCCAUGGUGGGCGAUUCGAUCGUCUUUAACUGCCACAUCGAGUUUCCGGAAGCCCAUCCCGUUCCUUACGUCAUCCAAUGGGAGAAGAAGGGGGUAGAGAUACCCAUCUUCAUUUGGUACGAAAACUACCUGCAUACGGGCGAAGGAUACGAAGGCCGAGUGUCUCGCGUGGCUCAACAAGGCUCCUCUCAUUACGGCCUAGCUUCGCUCAAUCUGACGCGGAUACGCGAGUCCGACCAAGGGUGGUAUUCGUGCUUGGUCAACUUUCUCAAUCGUUCGCCUCGCCAGGACAAGAAUGGCACUCUCUUCCAUCUCAACGUUCACGCACCGCCAAGGUUCACUAUGACUCCCGAAGACGUGGUGUACGUCAGCCUUGGAGAUCCUAUCAUCUUGAGUUGUCUAGCUGAAGGAACACCUGUUCCGGAAAUUCUCUGGUAUCGCGAUAAUGAGCUAGUGCAAACUUCACCCUCUUUAGCGGUGGCUAAUGAUGGCACCGAACUGCGGAUUUCAAGUAUACGGCAGGAAGACAUCGGCGACUACACGUGUGCAGCCAAGAAUGGUCAAGGAAGUGUGCGGCAUAGCACGAAACUCGUCGUAGCUGGAGGGGCGGUCAUAAUUGUUCCACCAUUGAACGUUACAAGACUGGAGGGAGAUAAGCUGGAAAUGCCAUGCGAAGCUCGAGGCCUUCCUGGCAACUUUAGCGUCACUUGGUUCCGCGAGAACCACGCUGUUCGUUCAAUUCCGUGGCUCGAGUCCCGUACUUUGCUUAAAAGAGACGGCACAUUAGUUAUCAGCCCCGUUCACUCGGACGACCGAGGACUCUAUUCGUGUGAGGUCACAAACGGCAUUGGAGAGCCCCAGAGAGCAUCGGCCUACAUCGAAGUCGAAUAUCCUGCUCGAGUGACGUUCACCCCCACCGUUCAGUAUCUUCCAUUACGCCUGUCCGGCGUAGUACGAUGCCACGUUGAGGCUCACCCGCCGUUCCAGUUCAUCACGUGGACCAAAGACAAGCGUAUCUUCGAUCCAUUCGAAACGCCUAACGUCGGCGUCCUCAAAAACGGCUCGCUGCUUUUUGAAAAAGUGACGCAAGAAAAUCAAGGACGUUAUACUUGCACGCCGUAUAACGUGCACGGAACUGCGGGCUCGUCCGCCAUCAUGGAAGUACUGGUCCGAGAGCCACCGACUUUCGUGACUCGUCCCAAGCCUAUAUACCAGCACAAGAUCGACGAUGACGUCCAGAUGGCCUGCGAGGCUCAAGGAACCCCCAGUCCCCGCGUUACUUGGAGAAGGAUGGACGGGCGGCCUCUGCCUCGUGACCGUUCCCGGGAGGAACUUGGCGUAUUGACGCUGAGCAAGCUCCGCCGGGCGGAUUUUGGCUACUACGAAUGUCACGUCUCCAACGAAGUGGCUACAUUGGUCGCCACUGCUCAUCUGGUCAUCGAAGGCACUACGCCCCACGCUCCUUACAACAUCACCACCGAAUCCACCGAAUUCUCUGUCAGCCUCGAGUGGCUUCCGGGCUACAGCGGUGGAUCCGAUUACUCUCAAAAAUACGUUAUUUGGUAUCGACAAGAAGGUGCUACCCAGUGGAUUCCUGUAGACGUUGACCCACCAGCAAACACAAAAACGGUCAUUCACAAUCUACAACCAGGAACCUCUUACGAGUUCCAAGUCAUUGGCAAGAACAUCUUAGGGGACGGUAUGUUCAGCAACAUCGUCAAGGAACGCACUAAAGGGCAAAGGCCACCUGACCCGCCACCUCCAGGUCCUAGUCGAGCGACCACUUCUCCGGCUCCGUCAAAUAGCGGAGAUUCUGACGAACUUCGGAAGUACAAUGUGAUCGUUUACCCAACGGAUGCUCGUGGGUCUACAUACAUUCCCGCUUUAUUUCGCCCAACAGGCCCACCUCCCACAGCACCAGAGAACGUGACACUGACAGAAACGUCCGACGGAGUUGUACUCUCAUGGAGCUAUCCGCGCAGAGGGAAUAUAGCAAUUGCGUAUUUCACUGUGGAUUACUGCUACGACGACCAGUGGAGGCGGCUGAGCAAGACAGAGCUCAAACCCACCGAACAUUAUUUUCAAGUAAAAAAUCUUAGUCCCGGGAAGACCUACGUGUUCCGGAUAAACUCGCAUACGUUGACAAGCCAGGCCUCAAGCGAGAAGGUUACGUACAUAAUUCAGCGCAAAAUCAAAGAUAAAGCAAUCACAGCUGGCAUUGUUGGGGGAAUUCUUUUCUUCAUUGUGGCUAUCAUCUUGGCCGUUUGCACCGUAAAAUGUGUCAACAAGAGGAACAAAAGACGAAGACGUGAACAAGAAAAUGCUUACAGCAUGGUGGCGUGUCAGAUGUCAGAUACUCGGAACGGCUGUCAGUCGGGCCCUGCCAAGUCGGUGCCUUCCAGAAAAGGAUGGAUUGGCCGAUUGCCCUCUAUAACGCGGCUGUCACAUGUGAAACGAGGAGCGGUCUCAAUCCGCCAUAUUUUGCAUAUUUGUCCAGUAAAGUUGCGGGAGCAAGAGCGAGAAGGGAGAAGAGCGUCAACAGCAACGUGGUCAGGGACAGCCAACCUGCAAUCUGGAUCUGAAACGACUAGCAGGGAGGCUGCUGAUUGGCUCGAGUACGGAGCGGCUGAAUUGCAGACACGGAACGCCAGAAGGCGUUUGCAGGCUAGAUACAACGUCCAGGCUGAAUUUCUCCAACCAGCCGGAUGGAUUUCCCGAACACCAGAGGGCAAGUUCGUAGUCGAAAAAGAAGGUAGCCAACCGACCCAUCCAAUCUACGGCUACGGAUCACCGCUCACAAGUCCCGUGGUGGAGAGCGGUGUUUACCGGAUUGGCGGCGACCGUCUUAUUUGGCCACGGCCAAAACCAAUCUUGCGCAGGGAACUUAGCCCAGUACCACCCUAUGGCCGGCCUUUACCUUCCAUGAUGUCGCAACCAGUUGCUUAUUCGUCAGCAAUGUUACAUGAUCCUACCGUUAUCUCUCCCCAGUUCGGCCGCCAUACAAUCCCACUCCAACCAUCUUCUGCUGCGCCAGUGCUACCUACAGGCCGGCGCGGAGCUAUUCGAUCAAGUUCGCCAGGUCCGGGACUGUUGCUGUCACCUUCAUUGGCAAAUUUUAGUGACAUGAGUUCAGUUCAUCAGCCCAGUUCGGCAGACCGGUCCUUACAUACCACCCGUUCGUCACGCUUUUCGUCUUUUCAGAAACAACCUACACCCGAUUUGCCUCCGCGCCAAACACGCAGAAUCAAUCACUUUUUCCCAAACACUGCCGUUCUAUCCUCUUCUGGAUCACCAAGUCAUUACACACGCGAGCUUCCUUCGUUGCUACCGAUUCAUCAGCAGCUGGUUGCCCAACAAUUACCGGGGGAAACCUCACCUUUGCUAGAACAGAUGCGUACUGUUCGCGCUGAAGUCCACUCGACUGAAACACCACGCAACGCAUCCAAGCAAAGAGUUGAAAACGAGUUUGGCUUGCUGUUGAAUACUGCAGGAAGACACUUUCACGCUCCACCUCCUUUCCGGCCGCCUCCACCACCAGUUUACCAUCAGCUGCCGUACACCAUUUCGUAUCCGCCGUCAUUGCAGCGCCCGUUAGCUACGAGUUCACCACCGCGGAGUCGUCUCUUCCCUAUUGGUUCUGCGCCUUUUCCUCCUGGCCAUUACUCCCGACGUAGUGAUGAUCCGCUCGGUUCGCCCAGGCGACGCUCACCUCUGACCAUAGCAGUCCGUUUAAGUCCAUCUCGGACACAGCAGAGAUUGAGUGAGCGAAGUCGUAGUCAAAUCGUUGAGUACUCUCCACAAAGCCAAUCAAGUUCAAGUGGAUUCGACAGUAAGAACACAUCUCAACAAAACCAGAGUUCGCAAUCUGGGUCCGGACAGUCGCAACUGGUGCCCACUGACUCUUCUACGGCACUAUGGGGGAUGUCUCCGCAUAGCCAAGCGAAUUCCGGUGAAUGUACGUACGUCAACUGGCCAGUCAAAGGACUAACAACUGCUUCUUUCUCUCUGCUUGAUGCUAGUGUCGACAAUCACUACGAAUUCGAUACGACGCAGAGUCCGAACGAGACGGGACAGGAUCCUACUCUUCAUUCGGCUACUUUCAUUUCACCUCCUACAAGCAAAUCUGUUGAUGUUGCUGCAGACUCUUCCGGACCUGGACCAGGACGACAUAGAAAAGCUGGGCCAAUAUCGGCACGAUCAGAAAAUAUUGAAGCCAGAGUUCAGGCAAUGAAGGAAGAAUUUCAGGAAUACCGGAAGCGAAGGGCUCGGGGUCUUCUCGAAAGUGCGUGUUAACUUGCUGUUCUUAAAUAAUGACUGAUGUUUGUGUUACUUUAUUUAUUCGUUUGAUUUUUAAUACUGAAUGCCAGAUAAAGAAGAAAACGAAUACUCAUUACUUUCAAAUUACGCUUCAUUCCACGAUCGCUGCAUUCCGCAUUCUUUCCUCCAAGUCUCAAUUCCUUGCUAUUAUUGACCGCAAAUGUAUACCUUGUAACAAUGUGUGCAUGCAUUUCGUACAUACAAACUUGAUUCACGAAAUUGCGUGGCAAGUGCCCUAAACGCAACACCUCGUCGUGAAGGUUGGAUCACAUUAGGCAGAAACAUUAAAUCUAUCAUACGAGUGAAUGUCAUUUACGUAGAUUUUCCACUGCCAAUUGCUACUGUAAUUAAAUUCAGAAAACAUUCAUUUGCUUUCAUUUUCACCCAAUAUUGAUUACAGAUUUAUCAGCUUCAUAUGUAGUACAUCAGAUUAUCAACAGAGCGACCUUUCCACGGGAGGCGAAGACCGUGUCAAAAUGAGAAGAAAUGGUCGCUCGCCUGGUCUCAUAUUUUACAUAGUCUACUCGUUCGAUUUAGCACACUUCCUUAGUUCAAUUCUCCUUUGAUCGCAAUUUAAACGAAGAUUUCAGUUCUCUUUUGAACGAUUUUAAUGGAAGAAUUGUCGUCAUUGUCUUUGACUACGUAUGUGUGUGCAAACUUGCGCCUGAAAAUAACCAUGUUUGAUACGAUACAGCUGGUAUUACAGCUUGUGGGUGUGAAAUCCUAGAAUAUAAAUACUCUUGUUUCAUGCCAGAUUCCUGUUUCUCUAUUUAAAGCAGAAACUCUGAUGAUUGGUUCUGUAACCUUACUUGGUUUCUUCCAGUACAAAUUGGAGGCUUGUCUCACCCUU